UUCCCCCAAGUGACCUGCUCUUUCAAGCAUCGUGACAUCUUCGCCUCGGUCGCUCUUUGCUAUGCCCUCUAUCCGGGAAGAAGUCACGGCCAAGAUGCUGCUGUCAAAUUGCCCCUCGUCCAGUGUCAGCUUUGCUCUUCUUCAACCCCAACACACUCAUUUGUCUCCAUCUUCUUGUUUCCCCUGUCUUCUUUUGUCAUUGCUGCUCUUCGGCUUUUGGAUAGCUGUCGCUCGUUCACUUCGCAUUCUCGCUUUUGGAGGUACGUGAAACACCACCGUACAUCUUUGUUCACUGCUAGCAUUGCAAUGUCAUAGUAGUAUCGAGCUAGAAUAACGACUGACAAUGGCAGAUAUUCGCAUCACACUCAUCUCACGUCUCGCUGCUUACCAGAUUCGGGCUUUGUUCAAGCCAGACAGGCCACUGUACAGUCUCCCCAGCGUGACCAAUUCGACAAUGUCAUACAAGGUUGAGGAAUUGCUCGCACUGCGGGAUUCUGUCUCGGAGUCUGCUGUUUCGCUUGAUAAGUUCGCAGACGAGGAAGUCAUUAAAGGUUGGUGA